AUGUCAUUCGUCGAAAAGCAGUUCACCGUGAUAGCUGUAGCGCUCGUGUGUGUCAUUCAUGGCCAGCUCGUGACUGCAGAUCCGUCCAUCGACCAUGGCGAACCUACGGCCAACAUCCCGAUUUGGGCCGUCAUUCUUGGCAUCGUGGUCAUCGCUAUCCUGUCACUUACCCUGAUCUUUGUUUUCAUCCGUAAACGUAUCUUCCGAUCACCCCGUUCCAAAAUCACCGAAGACGGAAUCAGUCGAACCGCUACUCCCAACGAAGACGUGCUACGUGAAAAAGAUACCGAGAGUUUGGAAAAGCGGCCUUCUUUCGGGUCGCUGCGAACCCUUGUCACCUCACGCGUAGGCGUUGAAAAAGAAUUUGAGACGGCCAACGAUGCACCUCCGUUACCGUCGUCGUAUGUUCCUGCGUUAAAAAAGGAUUUGUCACAAACCGAGUAUCUGUCACAUCCCUUUCAAGAAAUGAGCAUCGCGUUGCCACUUCCUCCACCUUCAUCGUCCCUGUUUGCAGAUAAGCUCGAACUAAACUCAAAUGAGGCCAACGACAUUUUCCAGAAAUACAUGAAUACUGGUCAUCAUGAUGAAGAAAAAUCCAAAGGCUUCGUUUCGGUUGAUCUCGAUAUGCCGUAUCUGUACGCCAACAUGCAACAUAAAGCAGCCACUCUUCGUAAUACGCUACGGCAGUCACUUCGUCGCCAAAAAUCCAAUUCCAAACCUGCGCCUAUACAAGAAGUGUUUGAGCCUCAGGUACCAGAGGAAGAAUCAGUCCAUCAUCCAUCAGGCCGUCGUUCAUCCAUUGCAUCCCGACAAGGGCCCAUGUCGCGCCAAGAUUUGCAUACAGUCUUGGAUGCUCCGCUGCCAAAGAAAAAAGUCACCAUUGCCCAGCAACCGCAAGUAUCUAUAAGUGAUAAAAUCAUGGUAGAUAACACGGCUUCACCAUGUACCUUCGACAAAGAAGAAGACGACGACUGGAAAGAAGAUGAAGCGCCGAUGGCGUCCCUGCCUUUGAGUGACACGGAGGAUCCGGCGGAGCAUGAAAAUCACGCCAACACCAUCCAUGCUGCGCGCAUGAUUAUUCGCACAGCGUCCCGAAAAUCAAGACGUCGGUCCACUAUGGUGGAUGAUGAUACGCUACAAAGGACUGCACUUCAAGCCGCUGAAGACGGCAGUUUUUAUUUGUCGCCACAAGCUAGACGAGAAGCGGCAGGUUACUUUUCCAGUGUGCGCAGUCGUGAUCCGCGGGUCAUGGAAAACUUGACAAUGACCACCGGUUCGGCCCGUCGAUUGGUUCGUGACAGCAUUGUCGGAAACGGUCGUGCCUCGGUUUCCGCUGUUGCCAUGCGAAACAAACAAGGCCCUACCGCCCAAGAUAUUGCCGGUUGGUGGCAGGAAACACAAACGAGUGAAAAAGAAGAAACAAAACCUCGAGAUUCGUUAUCGGCGAACCCCGCCUUUGCUGGAAAAGAAAUGACAAAGCAGAACGGUGCCAACGGUAUCAGUCCCAUUGCAGCAUGGGAAGGGGUUCAACCUCGCUGUUCUCAGCGUGCUGGCACUCUUGGACGGAGUACGCAACGAAUGAUUACCGAUUUGAAAGAGUCCAAGCUUUCGAAACACCUAUUCGAUUCAUCGAAGAAGGAGGAAGCGGAAGACAGUCUCAAAAUGGAAGUGUCACCGAAUGAUGCCGACGAACUGACCAACCCUUCUUCGAACAAGUACGCCGUUACCGAGGACAUCAGGUUGAGUACCGACAAUCAUGAGAGACCAUCGAUAGACGGGCCUCGCACCAAAGGCAAAAAGAAGAAAGUCGAUACUAUCCGACGCAUGAUCCAAGGGUCCUGGACAGGCAACUUAAAACCGAGCGGAUCCAUGAACAGCCUUGCUUCACUAUCGGAACAAACCCCGUCCAAAUCGUCUCAAUUCUUAUCUGUAGCCGGUUAUUCUUCCACCAAACGACCGAGUAUUCCUGCCGCAUUCAAUACUGGUAAUAAUGAAAUCCAUCCGUGUCCCUACUCUUCCUCGGCAUCCAAUGGCAAAGGGGAACUGUCAAAGAGGGCAUUGAUUCACGAGGACAAUCGAAGCAGCAGCGGAGAUGAAAGCGGUGUAACGAUGCUACCUAUUGGAAAAAAGAGGGAGACCAUGCGCGAAGCAGGAGUAGAAUAUGGAUCAGCUGCCGCGAAGCAUCUAUAUAACGACGAGGGACCUUCAUCCAACCAUCACAGUAGCAGCAAAAAGAAAGGCUUCUUCGGUUCCCUAAGAGUUACGAACCGCAAGGCUCAUACACCUGGUGAUUCACCGACGCCGGCCCAAGAAGAACGCGAUCGUUAUUUACGACAACUCAACGAUUUUUAUCCAGCCUCUGAACACGACGAAGCAAUGGAUCCAGCUGCAUCUGUCGUACGACCUCAAUAUUAA